AUGAAGCUUACACAGCUUCGCUCCGCAGCGCACCCCGCGGCCGCACGCACACCAAUGUGCCCGCUCGGGCGCACCAGCGCCACCAAGCGUUACCGCUCACCAGCGCCUCCCGCGGCAAGUACACGCACUAAUGUGCGCGCUCGGCCGCACCAGCGCCACCAAGUGGCGGUCGCGCGGAAUCGCAGACCCGCACGCAACCAGUAUAAGCACCUCUGUCAAUUACCACUCACCAGCGCCUCCCGCGGCAAGCACACGCACCAGCGCGUGCGCUCGGACGCACCAGCGCCACCAAGCGGUGAUCACGCGAAAUCGUAG